AUGUACCUCUUGGUUAAAUAUCGAUUAAGACGCUAUGUCACCCCGUUGUUGUUUAACCAUUACCAAUCUAUAACGGAAGCAAGAAUUAUCAAAGAGCCCACACAAAACUUGAAGAGGGUGAAGAGGAGCCCAUUUGCCAUUAACAAGCGUGAAGAGACAGAGGAUGCUAUCCUACGCCCAUACGUACCUUACACCGUCUUUCCAUGCGCCACACAGACACACACACAUCCACCGCAAACCCCCUUCGACUUACCGACCUCUCCUCUUCAUGAAAUUUACAAAUCCAAACAUAUCUUUCAUCGAGAUUUCAAUCUCUUCGAUUCAAUCUUAACAGCCCCUUUUCAAUCGAUCAUCUGGGCACUUGAUUGUUUACCCAAAGGUUUUAUAGGCGUAUCUUUGGUGGGGUUGGAGGAUCUUUAUUUGUGCAUGGAAGAAGAUGCCGGAUUUGAGACGUGGACUCCAACACCACGUCGUGGGACCCGGAGAGGCAAAGCUCAAGCACAAAAAGCACCUGCUUCUGGUGUUGGUCCAGGUCCAGUGGGCCCCGCAUACCCGUAUCCGAUGCCUAGGCCAGCUGGCAGAGGUCGUGGGACCCGAGCAACAGAGGAUAAAAACCCUGAACUAUUCGGUACAGAAGAUGAAGGAAGCACAAGCCCUCUUCCCGAAAGGGUUCAAGUUGGGAAUUCUCCUGCUUAUAAAUUAGAAAGAAAACUCGGUAAAGGAGGAUUUGGUCAAGUUUAUGUAGGGAGAAGGGUGAGUGGUGGCUCAGGGAACACGGGUCCCGAUGCUCUUGAGGUUGCUUUAAAGUUGGAGCAUCGAAAUGGGAAGGGGUGUAGUUAUGGUCCUCCUUAUGAGUGGCAAGUUUACAGUACUCUUAAUGGGUGUUAUGGAGUUCCAAUGGUGCAUCAUAAAGGUCGCCAAGGAGACUAUUAUAUUCUUGUUAUGGACAAGUUAGGCCCGAGUUUAUGGGAUGUUUGGAACUCUAGCAAUCAAAUUCUCUCUGAAGAAAUGGUUGCUUGUAUAGCAGUGGAAGCUUUAUCGAUCCUAGAGCAGCUUCAUUUACGAGGUUUUGUUCAUGGAGAUGUGAAGCCAGAAAACUUUUUACUCGGUCAACCUGGAACACCUAAUGAGAAAAAGUUAUAUUUAGUUGAUCUUGGUUUAGCUUCAAAAUGGAGGGACACAUCAUCUGGUAAUCAUGUUGAUUAUGACCAAAAGCCUGAUGUUUUCAGGGGAACAGUGCGUUAUGCAAGUGUGCAUGCACAUUUAGGGAGGACAGGAAGCCGAAGAGAUGAUCUUGAAUCUUUGGCUUAUACACUGAUAUUUCUCUUAAGAGGAAAGCUUCCAUGGCAGGGUUUUAUUGGAGAAAACAAAGGGUUUCUUGUUUGUAAAAAAAAGAUGGCAACUUCUCCCGAUAUUCUUUGUUACCUUUGUCCAUCACCUUUCAAACUAUUCCUUGAAACUGUGACAAAUAUGAAAUUUGAUGAAGAACCAAAUUACUUGAAGCUCAUUGGCCUCUUUGAAAACUGCUUAGUUUCAAGUGCAUCUUUACGCCCAAUCAGAAUAGAUGGUGCCUUAAAGGUUGGACAAAAGAGGGGAAGACUACUUAUUGAUUUGGAAGAUGAUGCUCAACCUAGGAAGAAAAUACGUCUAGGCACUCCUGCAACUCAAUGGAUUUCUAUUUAUACUUCAAGAACUCCCAUGAAACAAAGGUAUUACUACAAUGUAAUGGAUUCAAGACUUCAUCAACAUGUUGAAAAAGGGAAGAAUGAUGGUUUGAAUAUUAGUUGUGUUGCUUCUGCAUCAAAUUUAUGGGCCAUUGUUAUGGAUGCUGGGACAGGGUUCACUUCACAAGUCUAUGAACUCUCCCCUGUUUUCUUACACAAGGAAUGGAUUAUGGAGCAAUGGGAGAAGAAUUAUUACAUCACAUCACUUGCUGGGGCGACUAAUGGUAGUGCAUUGGUGGUAAUGUCAAAAGGGACAACAUACACGCAACAAUCGUAUAAAGUGAGUGAUGUAUUUCCAUUUAAGUGGAUUAAUAAAAAAUGGAAAGAAGGGUUUUUGGUAACUUCAAUGACAACUGCUGGUAGUCGAUGGGGUAUUGUAAUGUCUCGUGAUGCAACUUACUCUAAUCAGGUGGUUGAGCUGGAUUUUCUAUAUCCAAGUGAAGGAAUUCAUAGAAGAUGGGAAAAUGGGUACAGAAUUACAGCAGCAGCAGCAACAGAAGAUCAAGCAGCCUUCAUUCUUAGUACAACAAAGAAGAGAUCACAAGAUGUUACUCAAGAAACUCUUCGGACAUCUGCUUUUCCUAGUACCCAUGUCAAGGAGAAAUGGUCCAAGAAUUUGUACAUAGCAUCCAUCUGUUAUGGAAGAACUGUAUCUUGAAAAUCUCAAGAAACAAAAUUCUAUCCGGGUGCGGUUGGGAAGGCGGUGAAAGAAUUGUAGAGUUUUUGUUGUGCGGUUAUGGAAAAAGGGGAAAUUAUAUAAAAACUUUUUAAAAUUUAUGUACAGGCAAAAAGGAAAUCUACUUUGGGCUUUUCUUUAAAAGGAAAGAAAGAUGAAGGGGUGUUGUUGGUGGAGGGAGGAAGUGUAAGGGUGUAUAGUGUCAACAAUCUGACCCGAUACCUCAACUCAAGUGCGUGCAUGUCAACGCAACGCCUGCAGGAUUUUUAUCUUUUGUUUUUAUAACUUUAAACGUCUUUUGUUGUUCCAAAAUGAAAACGUAUUAUAACUUAUGUGUGAUUCUUUUCAAAUAUGCUUAAUGAAAAAAGCCCGGGAGUUGUUUAUUAUUUCUCAUA